GAGCAGCAGCCUCUGGAGGGACGGGAUGGCUGUGAGCAUGGACGAUGACGUUCCCCUCAUCCUCACCCUGGACGACAGUGGGAGCACUGCCUCAGCCCCUCUGGAUGACCUGGAUCGGGAGGAGCUGCCUAACGAAAAUGGAGGCAGCUAUGACGUUGUCCAUGAUGCCUCCAGCCCCGCGGCGGGGGACUGCUGCGCUCAGCAAAGCACCGCCCGGCACAACUGGGAGAUGAACUACCAAGAGGCAGCCAUCUACCUCCAGGAAGGAGAAAAUAAUGAUAAGUUCUUCACUCACCCCAAAAAUGCCAAAGCACUCGCUGCCUACCUCUUUGCACACAACCACCUUUUCUACCUGAUGGAGCUGAGCACGGCACUGCUGCUCCUGUUGCUGUCCCUCUGCGAGGCUCCAGCGGUCCCUAUGCUCCGUCUGGGCAUCUUUGUCCAUGCAACCCUGGAGCUGUUUGCAUUAAUCGUGGUCGUCUUUGAACUCUCCAUGAAGAUGAGGUGGCUGGGCUUCCAAACCUUUAUCAGGCACAAAAGGACUAUGGUAAAGACCUGCGUGCUGUUUGUGCAGUUCAUAGAGGCCAUCGUGGUGCUGGUGCGCCAGACCUCGCACGUCCGGAUCACCAGGGCCCUGCGCUGCAUCUUCCUCGUGGACUGUCGCUACUGUGGGGCUGUCAGAAGAAAUCUGCGACAGAUCUUCCAGUCCCUCCCACCAUUUAUUGACAUUCUUCUCCUCCUCCUUUUCUUCAUGGUGAUUUUUGCUAUUCUAGGUUUUUAUUUGUUUUCUCCUAACCACUCCGACCCGUACUUCAAUACUUUAGAGAACAGCCUCGUGAACCUCUUCGUGCUUUUGACCACUUCAAAUUUCCCUGAUGUGAUGAUGCCGUCUUACGCCCGGAACCCCUGGUCCUGUGUCUUCUUCAUCGUGUAUCUCUCCAUUGAGCUGUACUUCAUCAUGAACCUGCUUCUCGCUGUGGUGUUUGACACUUUCAAUGACAUCGAGAAGAGGAAAUUCAAGUCCCUGCUGCUGCACAAGCGCACGGCCAUCCAGCACGCCUACGGCCUGCUGGUCACCAAACAGAGGCCAUCUGGAAUUUCCUUCAGGCACUUCGAAGGCCUGUUGCGGUUCUACAAGCCUCGGAUGUGUGCCAGGGAGAGAUAUCUCACCUUCAAAGCACUGAAUCAGAGCAAUACUCCUUUAGUCAGUCUGAAGGAUUUUUACAAUUUCUAUGAAGUUGUUGGCUUAAAAUGGAAGGCGAAACGAAACCGCGAGCACUGGUUUGAUGACCUUCCACGGACAGCAUUCCUCAUUUUUAAAGGCAUCAACAUCCUUGUGAAGUCCCGUGUGUUCCAGUACACCAUGUAUACUGUGGUGGCUGUGAAUGGAAUUUGGAUUCUUGUUGAAACCUUCAUGCUGCAAGGUGGGAAUUUCUUCUCCAGGAACGUCCCAUGGAGCUACAUAGUCUUCCUCACAAUCUAUGGUGUGGAGCUGCUCCUGAAGACCACUGGGCUGGGGCCUGUGGAGUAUCUGUCCUCAGGCUGGAAUCUCUUUGACUUCUCAGUCACCCUGUUUGCAUUUCUGGGGCUCAUGGCCCUGGCGUUUGACAUGGAGCCGUUCUACUUCAUCGUGGUCCUGCGGCCCCUCCAGCUGCUGAGGUUAUUUAAAUUGAAGAAGCGCUACAGGAACGUCCUGGACACCAUGUUUGAGUUGUUCCCUCGGAUGGCCAGUCUGGGUUUAACCCUGCUGAUCUUCUACUAUUGCUUUGCCAUUGUUGGCAUGGAGUUCUUUGCUGGUGUGGUCUACCCAAACUGCUGCAACACAAGCACAGUUGCAGAUUCCUACCGCUGGGUGAAUCACACAGUUGGCAACAAAACAGUUGUGGAAGAAGGGUAUUACUAUCUCAACAACUUUGACAACAUUUUGAACAGCUUUGUCACACUGUUUGAGCUGACAGUUGUCAACGACUGGUACAUCAUCAUGGAAGGGGUGACAUCCCAAACUACUCACUGGAGCCGUCUCUACUUCAUGAUCUUCUAUAUUGUGACCAUGGUGGUGAUGACAAUCAUUGUGGCUUUUAUUCUGGAUGCUUUUGUCUUCCGCAUGAACUACACUCGGAAGAACCAAGAUUCAGAAGAAGAUAACGGCAUUGUGCUGGAGAAGGAGAUCUCCAAGGAGGAAGUGAUUGGCGUCAUCGAGCUGUACAAGAGGAGUUCAGCUGCCACUGAAACAGCUCAGCUGCAGAAGAUCGUUUUGCAGAUGGAUAAAUAUGGGCAAAUGUCAACAGUGUUUCUGGGACGCAGAUCAAGGACCAAGAGUGAUUUGAGUAUGAAGAUGUAUGAGGAGGAGAUACAGGAAUGGUAUGAGGAGCACUCCAGAAAAGAGGAAUCUCAGACACCACUGCAAGAGCCUGCAUCUGCUUCCAACAGCUCUCUGAAGCCCCUGAGCCUCCGACAACGCUCCCAGACUGUCAUUUAGGCCUAGCUAACGCGAGCCGCCUUCUAUGCAAUAACCUAGAGUAUCCCUCCACAGUGUAUUUUGGGAUGAUGUAUAUAGACCUGUCAGUGUACUGGUUUAGAGUUCAAAUCUCUUCCCCAGCAGUGGGUUGCUGAAAAAACCAGAGGCCCAGGGGGCUCUGUGUAAGGCUGCUGCACACAGGUUGAGCAGGGUGAACAUUUUGGACAGAACAGAGCCCUUGUCCCUCUGAGCCACUUCCCAGGCUCCAGCCUGCUGCCUGUCUUACCACUAACAGACCGUGGGGAAAGGGAUGUGUAACCUAUUAACAGCAGGGAAUUUGCUGAAGUCACCUGCUUAGUAUUAAAAUCUUGGCCCUUUUUGAAGAUCCCUCUUGCUUAAAGGGUACCAUUAACCUAGGAAUAAAAGAUCAGGGAGUGAGUUUUUCUUCUCCGCCUUCCUUAUGCAAAGAAAGGGGAGGUGGUGCGAAAUCUCAGCACUUUUGGAAGAGCAGACUGCCUUCCCCCUCCUUUUUGGCACACGUAGAUGCACUCCCUGUAGUAUCUCCAGCUCUGAUUAUUGAAUUUACCUGUCCCUGAGCAGUUCUGAGGCAGAACCGAGGGCCAGCACCUCAUCAUGUUGUGACCAUAGGUGGGACGGGGGAUUGGGGACAUGAACACUGUCUCUGCUGUAGCCAUCCAGUAUCUGUAUUGCUGCUGGUCAGUCCUGCCCAUGGCCCUGCCUGGGGCUGGGGUCUGCAAACCCCCAAGCUCCUGUCUCUGCUCUGGGGUGGGAUUCUGCAGCACCAUGUGGCUGUUGGCCUCUGCCACUUGGCCACCUGCUCUGCCAAGGGCAGACCUCUGGCUAGUCCUUAGCUCAGAUGAAUGACUGGGAGGAAGAAAGCAAGGCUUUUCAGCUCCAAGUCUGGCUUAUUUCUGCCUAGCUCUGGGCUAAGGAGAGCUUCAAACAGUCCUGCUGGUUAGUGCUUAGCCAGGUCCUUGCUCUGUGCAGGUGAGAGUCCCAGCACCAGCAGUGUUGCUCCUCCCUUGCUCUCACCCCUGCAGAAAUGUUCCUCAGGCCGGCAAACGUCGACUCAGUGGGAUCUUGGGGAGAUCCACUGAAGAGCUUUACCGUUCCCCUGAAUUUUGGACACAGGUGGAAUGUGGAAGAUGAUGACUCUUCUCGCCCAUCAGCUUUUCUGCAGCUGGCAGGGAGGCUGCCAGACCUGGCAGCUGAGGGCUGGGAAGGAAGGGGGGAAAAGGGAAUCCCUUCCCAGCUCUGCCACGUUUGUUGUGUGAUCGUGGCAGGUUGUGUCAUUGCUCAUGUUUCAUUUGAACCUGUCUCUCCAAGUCCCUCUUUUCCCUGUCUUUUUCCUGUCAGCACAGAAAGUGCUGAGGGAUAGAAGUACCCAGCAGAGGUUCCCCUCACCUCUUGCUGUUUGGUCUUUCCUCAGGUUUGGACUAAGAGCAGAGCUUGCUGGGGAAGCUUUCUCCUUCCUCCGGGUACCUCAGGCAGUGGGAGAUCUGUGUCCCCAUUCCCCUUGUCCCACAUCCCUGUGUUUUCCUCACCAAGUGGCACAAGGACAGUGGGAGAGGGCUGAUCCUCCCCAGGCAGCUCAGGAGCAUUUCCUGGGUGGAUGAGACAGAGGUAGGCAAGAGAGAGCUGCUUCUGGAAAUCUCUCACAGGACGGUGGGAGCUACGGGAUGGAAGGAGUGGGUGAGCAGCUUUCCAGGCAGCACACACCAGUGGCUGCUCCCCAACCCUUGCCAAAUUCCCUGGGUGCCUCUUGGCAACUCUUUGUUUCCUUUCUGGAUAUUUGCAGGUAUGAAACAACUUCUGAACCAUGAAGGACCUUAAAGGGCUGUUUUCCAAACCGUGAAUUUGACCACAAAUUAACGAGCAGUGCAGUUGUUGCUCUUGCAGUUGCUCUGCGUGGAGUCGCAGCCCAGGAGGUUUAUCCAGAUUAGUCCUGGGGCUGGAGGAGAUGGUGUUUAUUGUGCUUUAAGUUAUGGGCAGGAUGAGUGAGCAUUGUGAAGGUUAGGGGGCGAAAAAUGUGGCUGUGUUUAAUCUCCACAUUCCCCUGGCACAUUCUCCUGGCAGGGCUGUCAGUGACUUUUUGUUUUGGGGGUGUUUUCUGGGUGUGAAAGGAGCUGUGGCUCUAAGCUACACUGAGGGGGGCACUGACCUGCUUAUCAUGCAAUAACAGGGCUCUGUGGAGGGCUUGGGGUCAGGGCACAGGUGCUGCCUCUGUGGCUUCAUGCCAAGGUGUUGAUCCACCCCCACGCACCCACUGGGUUAAUUAUUUUUGUAAACCAAGGAGGGUGGCGGGAGUUUGCUUCUUCCAAAUGACUUUGGAAGGAAACAAAGUUUGAGUACGGGGCAUCCCCUUCUAUUUAUCCUCCUCUUUCCCCUCACCCACCCCAACACACAGACUAAUGAUGGAGACAAUCAUUUUGUAGGGAGCACGGGAGGAAGCACUGCAGGAUUUUGUAUGCUGGUGUUUUGUUUAUAAAAACGAUUUUAUGGAUAUGUCUGUCAAAUGUUCUCUAGAUUUUUUUCAGGCGCACUAAUAAAAAGCACCCUUGGCUUUGUAAAGGCA